UGGAUUGCCUUCUUCAUUCUGGAAGCUUGCCUUGCUGACUUAAAACAUGGACAUCAUUGGGUUUUUGAAGUCUCAGUUCAUUUGCCACCUUCUUAUCAGUUACAUAUUUAUAGUGUCGGGACUGAUAAUCAACUUCAUCCAACUCUUCACAUUAGUUCUCUGGCCAUUCAACAAACAACUAUUCAGGAAGGUCAAUUGCAGGCUGGCUUACUGCAUUUCUAGCCAGUUGGUGAUGUUGCUGGAAUGGUGGUCAGGCACUACUUGCACCCUCUACUGUGACCUACAGAAUUACCACAAGUACGGGAAGGAAAAUGCCAUCGUAAUCCUUAAUCACAACUUUGAAAUCGACUUUCUCUGUGGUUGGAACUUUUGUGAAAGAUUUGGGGUUUUAGGGAGUUCCAAAGUACUUGCGAAGAAGCAACUUGCUUAUGUGCCAAUCAUUGGCUGGAUGUGGUAUUUCUUAGAGAUGGUUUUCUGUAAGCGCAAAUGGGAGGAGGAUCAGAAAACGAUCAUGCAAGGCCUUCUUAAUCUCCGAGAUUAUCCGGAAAAUUUCUGGUUUCUGAUUCACUGUGAAGGUACAAGAUUCACAGAGCAAAAACACCAAAUCAGCAUGCAAGUGGCUGAAGCAAAAGGCCUGCCCAAACUUAAGUAUCACCUCCUGCCACGGACAAAAGGAUUUGCUGUCACCGUUCAGUGUUUGAGAAAUGUAGUUUCAGCUGUGUAUGAUUCCACAUUGAACUUUAGAAAUAAUGAAAACCCAACUUUGCUUGGAGUUUUAAAUGGGAAAAAAUACCAUGCAGAUUUAUAUGUAAGGAGAAUUCCAUUAGAGGAAGUCCCAGAAGAUGAGCAGGAAUGUUCUAAUUGGCUUCACAAGCUCUAUCAAGAGAAGGACUCCUUUCAAGAGGAAUACUAUAGAACAGGAGCCUAUCCUGGCACUCCAAUAGUACCACCCCGGCGGCUGUGGACUCUGUUGAACUGGCUUUUCUGGGCCUUAUUAUUGCUAUAUCCUUUAUUCAAGCUACUCAUCAACAUGAUCAAUAGUGGCUCAUCAUUGACUCUGGCUUCUUUUGCCUUUGUUUUCAUUGCAGCUUCUGUUGGUGUUCGAUGGAUGAUAGGAGUUACAGAAAUUAACAAAGGUUCAACUUAUGGCAACCAUGGUAACAAAGGGAAACUAAAGUGAAACUCUCCAGAGACUGCUUCACACCCAAAGGGACCACACACACCUGUUCCAACUGUUGUGCAGAUUAUUUUUCUUCAAACAUGAGGAAGAAGCCCAAUGGAGGACCAGCCAGAUGUUAGCAGAAUUUAGACUCCAUUCUCUCCUCCCCUUCAUCCUGCUGGUUAAUAUUCUGCAACUGAUUCUAUAAUUUUCCCCCAUACAAGAGCCCACUCCCCCGUCUAGCUUUUCACAGGAAGUGUCUUUAAUGAUUGGGAAAAAUAUGCAAAGGGACAGCCUAACAAACAAAGAACACUUUUAAGGAAUUUGUUCAGUUUUCUCUCACCCUGCCCCCUGAGAGAAAAACCCUUCUAAUGGAUUGAAUAAAUAUACUUUCUUAUAAAAUA